AAAAUCCUCAUGGCGGAGCUAAAGGCCCCUGCUUCUUCUACCCGCGCUGUAACCUCUCUCAUCUCGUGCUUCUCCUGUGCCAAAACCCCCAAUUCUCAGCCUCCAAUUGCGCCGGCCGUUAACCCCUUAGCCUCCUCCUGCAACUCUCGCGUUCAUUCCCUUAUCAAAGCUGGCGACCCCGCUGCCGCCAUAUCGGUUUACCAGGAUUUCAUCCGCGAAGGAAUCCCACCGCUCUACCCAACUCUCACAUCUCUCAUUUACUGCUUCUCUCUCACCAAAAACCCUAAACUCUCUUUCUCCACCGCCGGUCUCAUCCUCAAAUCCGGCCAUCCUGUCGGCACUCAUGUUCUUAAUCUCCUUAUCAAAGCCCUGUGCCAAAGCCGCCAGCUUGAUGAAGCCGUUGAGGUCUUUCAACAGUUUCUUCCCCAGCGGAUCCCUCCUGAUGUUAUCACUUACAAUACUCUCAUCCAUGGGUUAAUCAAGGAGAAGAAGAUGGAGAGGGCGAUAGAGCUGUGGAAGCACAUGGAUGAACGAGACCUCCAGCCGAAUUUGGUGAGUUACACUAUUUUAAUUGAUGGUUUCUGUAAGAAUGGGAAAGUGGAUUUUGCGUGUGAAUUGUUGACUGAAAUGAGGAGUAGAGGUGUGGCUGCAGAUGUGGUGGUGUAUAGUGCUCUGAUUAGCGGUUUUUGUUAUGCGGGUAGAGUUGAUAGAGGGUUGGAACUCUUCAAAGAGAUGAAUGAGAAAGGUAUUUCACCAAAUGUGGUUACUUUUACUUGUUUGAUUAAUGCUCUUCAAAAGGAAGGGAGGUGGGUUGGAGUUAAGGAAAUGCUGAAUAAAAUGGUGGAGCAAGGCAUAAAGCCUGAGGUUUUUACAUAUACUGGAUUAAUCGAUGGGCUUUUUAAGGAGGGGAAGGAGAAGGAAGCCAUGAAAAUGUUUGGUCUGAUGGUGGAGAAGGGAGUGGAACCAAGCACUGUGACCUAUAAUGUGUUGAUUAAUCAUUUAUGCAAGGAAGGAAUGAUUGAUGAUGCUCUUGCAUUCAUGGCGAGUAUGAGUGAUAAGGGUGUUUUACCAGAUGUUGUGACAUACAACACUUUGAUUCUAGGUUUUUGUGAGGCGAACAAGAUGAGGGAGGCCAUCAAAAUGCUUGAUGAAAUGCUUGAGGGGAAGCAUGGCCUUGAGCCUGAUAUUUUGACUUUCAACACAAUUGUCCAUUGGUUGUGUAAGAGAGGAGGGGUUUCUAGGGCGUUGGAGCUUCAGAAGAUGAUGGUAGAAAGAGGGUAUGAUUGCAAUUUGAUGACUUAUAAUGUGUUGAUUGGUGGACUGAUCAAGAUUUGCAAGUUUAAUGCAGCAAUGGAGCUAAAAAAUGAGAUGAAUGGUAAGGGAUUGAAGCCAAACUCGUUUACAUAUAGCAUAAUGAUAAAUGAGCUAUGCAAAUUGGGAAAAGUUGAUGAGGCUGAGAGGCUUCUGCAUGAGAUGGGAGAUCAUGGACUUUCUCCUUGUUUGCUUGAUUAUAAUACAUUGAUGGCAUCUAUGUCUAAGGGAGGUAUGAAGGAGAGAAUGAUGAGUUUGUUCAGUGAAAUGAGUGAGAAGUUUACACCUGAUGUGAUAUCUUUUAACACCUUAAUUGAUGUUGCUGGUAGAGAUGGGGAUUUUGAAUUUGCAAAACUAUUGCUUUCGGAUAUGUUUCAGAGAGGUUUAAGCCCCGACUGUAUUACAUAUACUACAAUAAUAAAUAGAUUUGUAAAGUCAGGGAAGUUGGAAGAAGCUAAGAUGCUAUUUGAGGAUAUGAUUAAUUGUGGUCUGUCUCCAGAUGUUGUUGUAUAUCAUGCUCUACUUAAUGGUUUCAGAGAGAAGGGUGAAAUGGGAGAAGUAGUUGACUUACUCCAUCAGAUGGCAGGUGAUGACAUAUCUCUCGAUGUAAAAAUGGUUCAAACUAUAGUGGAUUGCUUGGGCUCUAGAAUGGAAGAUCAUGAGGUCCUAAAAGAGUUGCGAAAAUUCAUCAGAGAACCAUCGAAGGCCCCGUUUUCAGGCAAAAAGUUGACUAACAUACUCCAAAAGUCAUCUUCCAAGUUGCAGUUAAGUGCUGCUUGAUGAUUGAAGAUGUUUUGUUUGAUGAAUGCUCUAUUAGG